UUCGAGAUUAUUUAAGUAUUAUGUGUUGACAAAGAAGCAUAACUUAUUGUUUUUUAAUUAACGUUAAAUGGUAAGAUUACUUCCAAAUUGUGUUAGUAACUAAGAUGCAUAAAUAAAUUAUUUUUAGGAACCAUGGAUUUAUACAAAGAUAUUUACGAAGAAUCAAUAAAAUAUCCAGAAAUAUUUUGGUGUAAGCAGGGAAAAUUGUUAAACUGGCAUAGACCCUGGAAAAAUGUCCUAGACAAUAACAAGCCACCUUUUAUCAAAUGGUUUGUCGGUGGUGAAAUAAAUGCAUGUUAUAAUGCUAUAGACAGGCAUGUAGAAAACGGAAAAGGAGAUAAAAUUGCUUUAAUACACGAUAGUCCCUUAACAGGAGUAAAACAAAAGCUUAGUUAUAGGGAAUUAAUGCAAAAAACUUCAAAAUUAGCAGGAGCAUUAUCAAGUUAUGGAGUUAAAAAAGGUGACGUCGUUUUAAUUUAUAUGCCAUUAAUUCCAGAAACUGUAAUUGCCAUUAUGGCUACUGCCAGAUUAGGAGCCGUACAUUCUGUUGUUUUUGGAGGAUUUGCUGCUGGAGAAGUGUGCUUAAGAAUCCAACAUGCCAAACCUAAAAUUAUAAUUGCAGCUAGCUGUGGAAUAGAACCGAAUAAAAUAGUGGACUUUAUGCAAAUUUUGGAAGACGCAUUAUUGAUUUCAAGUCACCAACCGAAAAAAUGUAUAAUAUACCAAAGAAAAGAAUGUCUCAAAGGAUUGUUAGAUCCUAAAAGAGAUAUAUUAUGGGAAGAUGCUCUUAAAAAUGCCAAAGAACAUCCAUGUAUAUUUAUAGAAUCUAACGAACCCUUGUACAUCUUGUAUACAUCUGGAACAACUGGGAAUCCUAAAGGGGUUCAAAGACCUAUUGGAGGACAUUUGGUUACUCUAGCAUGGACAAUGCAAUAUUUAUACAACCUAAAAAAAUCUGAUGUAUGGUGGACCACAAGUGAUUUUGGUUGGGUAGUGGGCCACUCUUACAUGUGUUACGCUCCUUUAUUAGCAGGCUUAACAAGUGUAAUUUACGAAGGAAAACCUACAAUCACACCAAACCCUGGACAAUAUUUCCGAAUCAUCGAAGAAUAUAAAGUAAACGCUAUGUUUACCGUACCAACUGCAGUGAAGCUGUUAAAAGAAGCUGAUCCAAACGGUUUUUACAGGAGUAAAUAUGACAUUUCCAGCUUAAGACAAAUUUGGUUUGCUGGAGAACAUUGCGAUUCGACUACAAAAAAGUGGACUGAAAAAAUUUUUGGAGUUGGGGUUAGCAAUCAUUGGUGGCAAACUGAAACAGGGUCUGGUAUUACGGCUAUGUGUUCAGGAUUAAAGAAUCCUUGCGAGGCUACAGAUUUAACUGUAGGGCUGCCUGUUCCAGGAUAUAAUGUUAAAAUUUUACGUAAAAACGGAGAAGAAGCUGAAGUAAAUAAACUGGGAAGAAUAGUUGUGAAACUACCAUUGCCACCUGGUACAUUAUCUACAUUAUACAAAGCACCUCAACGAUUUUUGGAAACAUAUUUUUGCAAAUAUCCUGGCUACUAUGAUACCAUGGAUUCAGGUUAUGUGGAUAAAAAUGGGCUUAUUUACGUUACUGCAAGAUCGGAUGAUGUCAUUAACGUGGCAGGACACAGAUUAUCAACAUUGGCUGUGGAAAAUGUUGUUUUGUCUCAUCCUGACGUUUCCAAUGCUUGUGUCGUAUCAGUUCCAGAUAAAAUUAAGGGAGAAGUUCCUUUUUGUCUUUUUGUCAUCAAUAAAGGUUCCUCAAAAAGUGAAUAUGUAAUAAAUCAGGAGUUAGUUAAUAUGGUUCGCUCUUUGAUUGGACCAGUUGCUAGUUUUCGUUUAUGUGCUUCCAUUAGAGGUUUACCUACAACAAUUUCAGGAAAAAUUUGCAGAAAGUCUAUUUCUGAUUUGGCAAGAAAAAAAUUAACCAAGAUUUCACCUACUGUAGUGGAUCCUUUAAUUUAUGAUGAUAUAAAAAUUAUUUUAAAACGUUUUGGAUUUGCAUGAUUCUGCAACCAAGAAGUUUCCAUAUGUAAAAAGUAAAAGUUAACUUUUAUUUAAGUAGGUAUCUAUCCAAAAAAAAAAAUUGUAUCAAGAAUUUAAAGAGAAUCUGCACUGAAAACAAUAUAAAUUAUAGGCUUAAACAUAGAUGGCUCUACUUGUAGGGAAAUCAUAAAUUUGAACUAUAAAUUGAAUAGUUAUGUACAUAAGUAAAUUUAUUUUAUUAGGAUAAGAUAAUAAAACAUUUUUUCUU